AGCCAUUUGCUACUGCAAAUUGAAGCUCAUCAACUGCUCAUUAAUGAACUCUUCAUUAAUCAGUAUUCAGUAAUCAUAUUUCCAUCUGAUAUUUGAAUUAACCCAAAUUUAGGGUUUAUCUCUAAUUUUGCGCGAUUUUGUUUGUGAAAUUGGGUUUAGAUUUACAAAAACAAUUGGAGCUUGAAUUUCAGUAUUUCAAACGCAAAAUUGAAGCCUAUUGCAUUGAUUUUUGCCAGGAAAAGCGAGUUAAUUAAAAAAAAUGGAGACCGAUUCAGUGGAAACCAACGCUAUGAAAUUUAGCUAUGGGCAAUGUCAUGGCUGCUGCUGCUCUCAAUCGUCAGAAGGUAAUUUUACUCUAUGCCGGUUUUCAUUGUUCAUCGUUCAUUUUUUACCAUUUAAUUUCAAUUUUAUGAUUAUGGAACCAUUCUUGUUGUUGAAAGUUAUGAUUAUUGAACUUUGAGUAGUAAACUAGUAAUGCCUUCGAUUCGACAUUGUAGCAAAUAAUGUACAACUGUAUUAGUAUAAUCCCCCUCACAAAAAUAAAUAAAUAAAUAUUUUCUCCAUUUUUAAAUAGUUGACCAUUUUGACUUUCGACUUUGGCUAAGGCAUAACUUGCAUCAUAAUUAUGUAUUAGCAAAAAUUAUAAAAAGUUAUAUAUUUAAAAUAUACAUGGAGAGUAACCCAAUAACAUUUUAGCUAAUAAUCAGAUUUUUAUUUAUUAAUUGGUAUUAGAAAAUUAAGGUCAAAGUCAAAUAAAUGAAUAGUGUCAAAAUUAAGAAUGGUACAAGCCGUGCAACUACUGAAGGUAGUACAAGCUCAAACUCGGUAGUAUUGGCGAAAAUAGUAGGACUUCUAUUGGCUUGGAGGGGUGUUUAGUGUUCACCGGUCCAAAUCCGGACCGGACAUGAACCAAAAUUUUGAUAAUUUAACAUCUGGAGACUAGACUCGGGUCCAGGAAAAAUCGGUUUUAGACUUAUUUUUAUAAUUUAAAACGGAUGGUUCAACGCCUUUUCUGAAAACUCAAUAUACGUAGUAAAACAUUUCACAAUAUACGGAGUACUAAUCUUUCCAACAUAUUAAAGGUGAAAUUACCAAGCAAGGAUUGGCCGAGUGGUAAAAACUUUCCUCAUAACCUCGAGGUUAUGGGAAAAAUCCUAUAAUUCCCCUCACUAGUUCAGCAGGGUCCUUGAUCUUACCUCAAAAAAAAAAAAUAUUAAAGGUGAAAUUGAAUUUUAAGUACGUGUUUUGUAUUCAUAUAAAUCAUGUUUUUUAAGAAAAACCAGGCCAGGUUCAAAAUUGGUUUUUAAAGGGUUUUGAACCGGACUGGACCGUACACUUUUCCUACCCGGAAACCUGACGGGUUAUUUCUCCGGUCUGCACCGUUUCUUGAACACCUCUACUUCGUAAUAAUUUUGAUAUUUUAAUUUGAAACAUUACCUCCGGUCCUCCAUUUUUACGUAUGGACAUAUCUGUUUUUCCCUAAUUAUAAAUCACCAAAGAUAGUAAAAUCAGAGUAUGAGAACAGUGCAAAAUUCAAAAUGUAACACUAAAAAAACAAUGAAUAUAGCAAAUAUUACUCAUAUAAAGUGUGACCCAUAAAACAGAACAAUCUUUUGGGAUGGAGCCAUCAGCCAUGGAGGAAGUGAAUCCAUGUGUUGAAGUAUUUCAAGUAAGGGUAAAGAAAGAAUAAAGCAAAAGUAGGAAGAUUUGUCCAAAAAAAAAAAAAAACUUUAACGAUUACGGCGGAAGCAGAUUCGUUUCUAUCCUCUCAGUUGCCAACACCUCUUGUUUGGAACAGUAUAAGUUCAUAUUUUCACUAUAUAUUUCUGGUAAGUAAAUUAGUUAAGUGAGCCAAAUGAAUGAGAGUAAGGGUAGAAAGAAGAAAUGCGGAUGCUUUGUGACAUUUGUGAGAGUGCUGCUGCUUCCUUCUUCUGUGCUGCUGAUGAGGCUGCUCUCUGCAACUCUUGUGAUGAAAAGGUACAUAGCUGCAAUAAGCUUGCAAGUCGUCAUGUCAGAGUCAGACUUGCAGACCCAAAAGCUGCUCUUCGUUGUGACAUUUGCGAGAAUGCACCUGCUUUCUUCUACUGUGAGAUAGACGGGACUUCCCUCUGCUUGCAGUGUGAUACAGAUGUGCAUGUUGGUGGUACACAAGUACAUGCAAGGUAUCUUUUAUUCAAGCAGCAAGUUGAGUUUCCGAUGGAUGAUAUAGCUUCAACAUCCAUGAACGAACUUCAGAUUGUUGGGAGGGAAAUCAAUCCUGAUAACCUACAACCGUCUUCUUCAAUUUUAGCUCCAACUCUUGUUAACGAACCUACAUGUAGGAAGGUCGUUGAUUUGAACAUAAGUCCUCAACCUUCAAUCGAAAAUUCUUCCAACAAUCAGACAACUGUUGGGAGGGAAACCAAUCCUGACAUACAUGCUUCUUCUGCUACGGUUUUAGCUCCUGGUAAUGAACACACGGAUCGCAAGGUCAUUGAUUUAAACACAAGUCCUCGUCGAUCACUCGAAAAUUCUUCUAACAAUUAGUGUGCAGCAAUAACUCAUUAAAUUGGGAGCUAUCAGAUCCAUCGUCAAUCGAUCAGUAAUUUAUCCGUCUAUUUGUCAAAAGGCUACGGCAGAUAAAUUCGACUGUUCCGGAACUCGCCACCCUCUUAAUAAUACAAGCACCAUGCUGGUGUUGCCUUAUUCCAUUUUCAAGUAGUAAAGCUAUGUGUAGUUUGCAUGUUUUCUGGAAUUUCUUACACUUUGUACUAUCAACUAAAAAAAUCAGGUACACCUCUCACAUAAAAUAAAGUGUCACAUGCUCGUCACCUCAUGUGACUAUGUGAGCAAGAAAACGUGAGAGGUGGAACGGGUGCAUAAAAAUGUUUUCAGUCUCAAUAAAGUUAUCUUUAGUA